GGGAGUGUAUCUCUUCAUCUGAGGUGUGUCUGAAGUCUGACAAUUUGCCAGGAAGCGUUUAGUUUCUUUUUAGUGAAAUUCUGAAGCUAUACAACAACAUAUCAUCUUUGGAUCCAUCUUUCCAACUAUAAUACGAUAACCCACAGCUCAUACAGUUCAUGGACAAAGUGAUGGCAGCCUUUGGAACAGUUGUUUCACCCCCUCCUAAAAUAGAAUCAGAUGACUGCAGUGUUGUCACUGCCAGAGAUAUAAACGUGAACGCAAAAUCCCUCAAGAUGAAGAUUGAAACAGAGAGCGAUCCAGAACAAAAGUCUGGGAAUGCUGAUAAUGGAGCAGAUUACGUUGCUCGGGGUGGCAGUGUAAUAUGUGUUGAUAAAAUAAGCGGCAUUAUUGACGGUGACUUUGAUCUGUCAGUUUCUGUGAAGAAAUCCAAAGUACGUGCAGGACAAGUAGAUGAGACACUGGCACCUUCUUCUCAGGACCCUGCUGUGAAAUUCAUCAUUGAGCACAAGGUGGCGCUCAUCGACUGCCUGAUGGCCGACCACUCGUUCAUUCUGCAGCAUGUGCAUGCCAAAGGCAUCGUCACGGACAGACAGUACUGUAAUAUGAAGCACACAUCUCAGCCCGAACAGACUGUCACUGAACUAAUUGAUCAAAUGAUCGGUAAAGGUCAAGAAUCUUGCUCUCGCUUUCUUCAACUUCUCAAAGAGCCUGAUGUUCUCAGCACAUAUCCCCAGCUCCAAGAGAUGACGAGCAAAAUGAGAUAAUGAUGAUCGCAGUAAUAAAUCUGUUUUUAAGAAAUCAGCUGUGAUGUGUUUGAACUGUUGACAAAUUAUAAACCAACCAAUAAUUUAAAUAUUACCCUUCAUGAAAUAUAACCCUCCUUUGCACAUGAAAAGGUUGUUCUUUGAAGGAGUUACCUGACAAAUCAAAUGCCGGUGUUAUCUGAUGAAAGUUGAAAGUAAAUGAGAAAUAAAAUUGAGCAGAUAGGAACCAU